AUGGCUAAGUCCAAGACUUUAUUUCCUGAUCUUGUCCCGUAUGAGUAUUGUCCACUUUCUCCCGAAGCUCAUACACGAGCUCUGAAGUUAGAGCCUCCCAUAGAUCCAUCUGCGCCGAUGUCCGAGUAUGAUGCUUUAUCCUACACAUGGGGGAGCCCUGAAUUCACCGAGGAAAUAAUCCUUGAUCAUUAUUACUCAAAGAGGGUCACCGAAAACCUCUACCAUGCCUUGAUUCGGUUUAGACUGCCUGCUGGGACUCGUCUUCUUUGGGUAGACGCCCUCUGCAGCAAUCAUGACGACAACGAUGAAAAUGCUUUGUCGGUUAUAGCUUGGCUAGGCGCUGAUAAAGAAGCCGAGGACUGUUUACGUCGCCUACACCUUCUUGCGAAGCAGCCCAAGUCUAGUGAAGUUACAGCGGAAAUUGUGAAGGAACUGGGUUAUAUCACACAGCUACCGUGGUUCCACCGACGAUGGGUUAUCCAGGAAGUUGUUCUGAGCCCGCAUGUCGUCAUCACUUGCGGUCGAGUCAGCGUGCCUUGGACGCGAUUUUUUCAACAUCUCCUCCAAGAAAGCCGGGAGGGGGUCAUUGAUUCGAUAGUGCUACUGUUGGACAUGUGGAGGUCUUCGAUUCUUAAGGACGACACGGGAACGGGAUUUCGCAUGUUUGAACUUCUCACGGAAAUCCACGAGGCGGGAUGCGCGGAUGAUAGAGACAGAGUAUACGCUUUGGGGGCGCUGGCAAGUGAUAUGGAAGUGCAAGAUGGUAGUGGCCGCACCACAAUAUCGCCUGAUAAGGCUAUCAUACCCGCCGACUACACGGUAUCAGCAGAGUCGCUUUAUCAUAAAGUGACGAUUGAGUUGAUCACCCGAAAGGCCGCCCUCAAGCCUGUUGAUCUCUUUGUCCAAUGUGCUAUCAGGCACAUAGAAAAUGAGUUAGACGGGAUGCCUUCGUGGGUCCCCGACUAG